AUGUCCACUCAAGUCAAGAUUUGCUCUAAUAUAAAACUUUCCGAUUCUCCUGAGUCUUCUCAUGCUCUUGAUAACAUCGAUACCGAAAUGUCGUCACCGCUAACAUCGAUCGAUAACGAUAGUGACCGUAGCUUUACUCCCGAAAAGAUGGAUGCUUUUCAUUUAGCUCGCGAACGUGAGGAGCGUAUCCGUAGGAACGGUCAAACACCUAGCCACACACCUACUCCACCUAUGGUUAUGAACAAUAACGGCAGCGCCUGGCGUCGCCAGUCUCUUUGCGACCCUGCCUAUGCGAGUCCAGAGGGUUUCACUCCGCUGACUGUGGUUCGCCCUGGCCCCGUUUAUCCUUUGCCUGAGCAAAUUAAUUCCGCGUUUGCUUAUGGUAUUCGUCGAGCUGACGGCUCUUAUACAAGACUUCUCCCGGCUGAUGAGCUUCCGGCCAUCAACGGUAUUCCUCGUCGCCAAGGUCCAGAGGGACUGAUCAUUGUUCCGGAGCUUCAGCACGGCUCCCCAAAACCAGAGCAUGCUACUCCCAUGAUCCCAAAUAAGGUCGUUGCAAAGCUGCCACCACUCGCUCCACCAAUGUUCGGACUCAACCAGCAAAGCGAUUUCCGCCGACCAGGUGAUCAAACACAGUUAGCCAUCGACUCAAUCGUUGCCUCCGCCGUGGCCCCACCCAUGAGCGUACCUCCAGCAAAAAAUGCGAUGGUUCCUAUGGGAGGUCGAACUGGUGUGAAGAUUUACUGUGAUAAGUGGGUUCACGAAGGCACCUGUGCUUUUACUCAAGUAGGAUGUAAAUUCAAGCACGAGAUGCCUAUGGAUAAAGCCACUCAACUCUUAGUUGGUUUAAACCAUGGACUGCCUAAUUGGUACCGUAACCAACAAAACGCUUCUGCCUCUUCAGGAAGUGGCACUGCUCAAAUUGAGGCAUCUGGUACAACGCCCACAAACGGGACAUCUCGUACGUCUCAAUCUUGGCGCCGUAAGGAAGCCACGUCUUUCUCUCUUCCGACCUCAGCUCAAGGUGGCACAAAUGGUCGUGAUCGUCGUAGCUCAUUUGGUCCAAUUGGUCCUCCCCAUGCACGUCGUCUCACAAAUUCUUCCUCCGGCGACUCAAUCAAUCGAACUCAUCUCUCUGUUCCAGAAAACGGCGAAGAAAACGAUAACGACGUCAAGAUGCAGUGGAAUGGUCGAGCUCGCGGCUAUACAAACGGCCAGGAACAAGAUCGUCGUCAACAAUAA